AGGUAAUACAAUUACAACUCGAAGAACGAAGAACUGUUCGAGAGACAUCUUCUCGUUGUAUCUACAGCAGGUACCAAGGUCCUACAGAAUCAAUAGCAGAUAUUUCGCUUAAUUACAACUCUUCGUGAUAUACUUAUUUCGCUUACUUAUUUCAUCGACGAGAAUAUCGUUUUUCUCAUACUACGACAAUUCUAACUACAAUUUUUAAAAGACGAGAGGAACAACAACAUCAUCAACAUCGAAUAUACUAAAUCUUCUUGUUCUUGUACAUACUUAAUAAACUAGUACUUUGGCAACCUUAAAACGUUAUUUUAGCAAAACGUCAAAAGUUGAUUUUUUAAAAUAGCCGACUAGAUUCCUAAGAAGUCAAUUUUUAACGUUUUGCUAAAAUAACGCUUUAAGACUGCCAUAAGUACUAGCUCUACAAGAUGACCAACGUGCUAGAUGUAGUAGAUUCAGACUGUCUGCUCGUACUCUACUUGAUGUUCUUCAUGAUCUUUUCAAUGAUUUGAGAAAAUGCCGGGUUCUUCUCAGAAGCUUAUCCUUCUACCAUCAUCCGCUUCUACCAUCAUCCGCGCUUAUCCUUUCACCAUAGACGCGUUUUUUCAUCUAUCAAGUCACCUUUUCCUGUGGGUCCCACAUGCUGCAGUCGACGCAAAAAAGGGCAACUACAAUUAUGGGACUGAAGUCAAGAACUAGUUUACAAUGAAGAAUGUUCAGCAUGUUGACCUGCUUGACCACUAGCACUAGCUGGCAGCAGUAAGAGCGACCACUAGCUGCAGGACGCGAGUCUUUCUUCAAACUAUCCAGCCUUCGUUGGUAAGCGAUAUAAAAUUAAAAACGAUUUGCAAUACCUUUCGCUUUCGCUGGGCACAUUCAUUCACUCACUCCCUCAUUCACUCACGCUAGCACUUCCAACCACGACAGGUUCUCUUUCAAAGUAAAUAUCAUGUAUUUUUCUAAAACAUCGGCAACAAAGCAGCUUCAACAUGGGAGGUGGGGGAAGAUUCAUCGGACUUGUCGGACACGGAGAGGAAGCCACGUUUGCGGGGUCACGCUAAGCUAGUGCGACAAUGGAAAGCAAAUUAUGCUGGGAUAAACAUCACCAUAGUGGAAAAAAUGUAAUUGGUUGUAACUAGUACUGCGGCUGGAUCUUCGCUUAGGAGGUACUGCAUCUCUUAUACGGUACUGUAAUGUUUGCUAUUGCUGGCUAAUUGGUAACUGGCAGCUGAUUGUUCUUGCUAUUGCCUAUUAUUACUAACUGCUAGUCGAUGUAGUCGCAUUGAGAUAUAGUUCGUUGCUUCAUCUUGAGCCCCACAACUAAAGACCUAGGCACGCUAGGUGGUCCUAAAACCAGCCCCACACCUAAAGACCUAGGCACGCUUCCAUAGCAAGUUGUUUCAAUGCUGCACUCGGUUUAACAGGAACCACACGCAAGUCGUGGGUUUUAGAUUAUUGUACUUCUAAGUACUUUAUUUUAGAAGAAAGAUUCUCUAAUACUCACGGGAACGACGUCGACUUCAAAAGGAUACACACCAGUCACGUGCCUGGCAAACAACCGCUGCGCCAGAGAAAAACUCGUUUCUGUUAAGGAGAAGAACAAGAAGAUGUAUAAAAUAUUACAAUGAAUCUCCAUCUCGUACAAAGUUGUCACUACAGACUAUCUUUUCAUAGAAGGUGAUUCAUUGUUGGCAGUCUAUCUGCGGCUGCACAUAUUCGCUCUGAGAGUUGUACAGGUCACCCUGUAGAUACAUAGCGAGUCAACGCCUACCCUAGACACCUGUUUCUGAUAGUGAACCUGGUAGACCAACACGACCGAAGAGAGCGCUAGUGACAGAUGGUAAGGGCGCUCGCAAACGCGUCACGUGUGAGGCGGUAGGGUCGCGCGCGAACAUAAUAAUAACAAUGAAUAAAAACAAUAAUAAUAAUAAUUUUUUGCAAGCCUGAACGAAGACUUAGAGAUACAUAGUAGAAGGUCAAGAUCGUGGUUAUUGACGUAAGGGAUCGGCUUCGGCACUAAUGUUCGAGUUUGGACAUGGAGCGGGACAGUUCGCCACAGAUGAGGACGCGCAUCCUGAAGCUAGCAGGCCGCGUUCGGCGCCAGCGUCUUUUCUGUCAUUAAGGACUGAUUAGGUAUGGGUAUCUAUAAAAGAUCUAUAAUAAAGAAAGUAUAAGUAUUUGAAUUUGUAGUGGUACAGGUACAACUUGGUACUAUUGGUCUUCGAAGCGUUUCUCUAGCGCACCUACUCGCACUACGCCUUCUUGUUGGAUGGAUUUAGAUAAGGUUUUUUUACAGGAGUAGGGUGUAAGAUGACAGAACGACGUAGUUGUAAACCAAACCCUAGUAGAGCUGGAACAAGUACUAGAAGACGGUCUUGAAUAUUCCUCCCUGCCUUAGAUAUGAGUAUGAGAGGACCAUCGUGCUUCUACAGGAAAAAUGAUAUCAUAGGCUUCACGUAAUUAUGGGAACAACAGGAAACAAUAAGUAUCCUGGAGCAGCACCAGCAUUUCCAUUUGCGUUUAUUUCCUUCUACAUUUUACGCCUUUUCUACGGAAACCACCAAUGAUCUUAGCCAUUUUUCACGUUCAUGGAAACCAAACGACGAGCGGCGUAGCCGUUUUGAACUUGCAUAUAAAGCAAACGAGGAGCAGCUGAAGAUGGAAAGCAAACAAGGGGCUUCUAGUGGAGAUGGUUUGCGGAGCGGUUUGAGGGAGGAGGCGAAUUCCCCGAAAGGCCCUCGAGUAGAGGAUCACCAGCGAACAGCACCGCGUCCUGGCCCUGGUAGUGCACAACCAGUAACAGUUUCUAGUGGUCACGGCACAGCGUCUGCGCCGCCUCUUCCUGCUGGUGGUGACCACCAGAUACAGUUACACUCUUCUUCAACUUCAUCUAGUGAUGGCGAUGCAGCGCCUCAACAACAUCCAAAAGAUACUACUGCAGGUGCUGGUGGCGCAGCGCCUUCUACUGCGAGUGAUGCCCUAGAACCACCUGCUAGACCUACUGAUAGAUUGCCACCUCGUCCGGAGGCUCCUGCUGCUGUAACCCCUUCUGGAGGUGGAACCAACCCUGGAGUUGGUCGUCGUCCUCCUCGUGCUUAAGGCUACUACUUCUUAGACCACAAGCUUGAAGUUUUUGAUUUGGUAGUUUCUGUCAUUGUACUGAUCGCGGCAAUUGGUAGGAGGUAACUUCUUAAACUCUUCUAACCAAUUUCCUCCUCACCGGCUAGACAAGAAAGCUCGUCCGCUGCCGCUGACGGUCUAGGGGGCUCUGUAGUUGCCGAUGCUGAUGACGGGUCUGGUAUCUCAGGCGCUGAUGCCGAUGACGGGUCUGUUACCUCGUCAGGCGCCGAUGCCGAUGAAGAGUCUGUUACCUCAGGCGCCGAUGCCGAUGAAGAGUCUGCUACCUCAGGCGCCGAUGCCGCUGGGCAGUCUGGUGGUAAGCCAGUAGUUACCGCUGCAGAUGGCGAUUCUGAGGCCGCACCAAAGUCCUCUGAGACCGCUAGCAAGUCUGGUUCGGCCUCAAGUCCCUCUGGUGCCCCUGAUGGAUCUGGUGCCCUGGUACCCUCUGCUGGAGGUGCCCCUGAUGGAUCGGGUGCCCGCGUACAACAAGGUGGCGCUGAAGACGGCUCUACUGCCCAAGAACCACAGGAGCCUGAUCAUGGUGCCGCUGACGAAUCUGGUCCCCAAGCACUCUCCGCUGAACACGGUGGCGCCGAUCCAGUCCCCCUCCUCUCCGCUGCUGCCAAUGAGCCGGCAGCAGCUCCAGUACCUGGAGGUGGUGAUGCUCCAACCUCAAGUGAAGGAGUGGAGCACCACCAAGUUGAAGGAAUGUCGAAUGGCGCUUUCUGUUAUGCCCACAACUUAUAGAUCUUGAGUAACUUAAAGUUAAACAUAGUUAAGUAGUAAUCUUAAUAUUAUAAACAUAACAAGUAGUAGUUGCAGAAGACAAGACCAAGAUGUAGACAAGAAGUUGUGGUUGAAGACUUGAGCACUUUCCUACAAAGGAGUAAAAUAAGAAUAUUCUUCACAUAUCUUGCCUACUAAGGACGAGAAUAAGUAGAUGGGUAUUCUUUUUCUUAUACCUUAUCCUGACCUACUACAACUACAACAACUGCAACUGCAACCGAACUACAACAACUGAACAUCAUCAAGAACAAUGCACUUGCUGAACGACUCUCAGGUUGUCUGACGCUGGAGCGCAAGAACCACAUGCACAUGGUUCGUGUCUAUUAUUAACUAAGUAACUAGCUAACUAACUAACUAUUCUUUUCUUCAAGAGAACGUCUUUUUGAUACUUCUCUCAAAUUGAAUAAUAUCAUGGAGGGUUAGUCUGAAGUACUUCAUGAACUAUACUAGGUUUAAAGUACUACUUCAUGAGCUAGUAGCAGUAGUUGCAUUCUUCUCUCAUCUAUGCUUGUAUGUAACUUGAUGAGCUCUUUAGGUUUAGAUAGAAGUUCCCCUUGUAGUUCUUGAUCGUGCUUCCCCCUUGUAGUUCUUGAUCGUGCUUCCCUCUAAUCAUCAUUAGUUGACUUUCUCAUCUGUAUCUAACUUAUCAUGAUCUUCUCUCUCUAAUCAUCGGGCAUGAUCGCCGCGAUUGUCGCGUGUGUGGUCGCAGUCGGAGUCGGCGUCUUUGUCUGGUUGUGGAGGCUUGGUCUUCGGCACGUCACGUCUUUCCGCUGA